AUGCGUUUGAUUUUAUAACCGUGUUAUAUUAAACGGGUGGCGCUUCGAUUUAUUUUACAUCGAAACGCAAUUGCUCGAAAACGGCCAUGGCCGUAUUUUGUGGCAAACGCCACAAAAAUAGAGAGUAAAUAUUACAAUCGUUUGAUUUGAUGGACCAGCUCUAGUGUUUUUUCAUUGUAUUCUUAAAGGUAGGCAACGUUAUGGGCAUAAUUAUGUUUGGCCAGACAAGGUUUAUCGUUUUGGGAAUAUUUUGGAGAUAGUGAGCACACUAUUCUUUAGCACACUUUCUGUUCGGGCGGACGGAGGCUAUAGUGGCUAGCUUGCUAGCAACAGAAGUGGACCUACGUUUAGCUGGUGUUAAAUUGGACAUUUAUUGCUAAACAAGCGUACGCAAGUAUGUCAGAAUCUGGCCACAGUCAGCCUGGGAUGUAUGGACCCGGGCGCCGGAGAAGGCGACGCCGUGGUGACAGGGAUGUAGGACCUCCAGGUCAGAAUCUGUCCGGUCCUAGUCGUGAUCGAGAAUACCAACCGAGGGAACGAAGGGACGGGAGUGAGGACCCACUAGGCCUUCUCAUUCAGAAGACCCCCAUCAUUCUGGCGAAGCCCCCAGCGGAGAGGGCCAAACCGUCACAGAGUACAGCGGGCAGUGGAGCUCCAGUUCUUGAGAAGCCAAUCAUGUUAAUGAAAGCUCGAGAUGACGCAGUCAAACCGGCAACCCCUCCGGAAGCGGCACCUCUGCCUUCAGGGCCUGGGCCCUCUAAGGCGGAGAGGGAAGGGCAGCGACCCACCCAGCCCGUUUACCAGAUUCAAAACCGAGGAAUGAGUGCUUCUGCAUCGAGCAGCGCUGUGGAUCCCUUGGUUGGCCAGUCUAAACUCCUCCCACCAGAGAAGAUGAAGCACAGCAUCAAGCUAGUGGAUGAACAAAUGAACUGGUGUGACAGUGCCAUGGAGUACCUGCGGGACCAAACAGAUAUGCUCGUGGUGGGAGUCAUUGGUCUGCAGGGAACUGGGAAAUCAACUGUCAUGUCACUGCUAUCAGCCAACACACCUGAAGAAGACCAAAGGAGUUAUGUAUUUCGAGUCCAAACUCAAGAGAUGAAGGAACGAGGUGGAAACCAGAGCACAGGGAUUGACUUCUUCAUCACACAGGAGAGGGUCAUCUUCUUGGACACACAGCCAAUACUCAGCCCGUCUAUUCUGGACCACCUUAUCAACAACGACCGCAAGUUGCCCCCGGAAUACAACCUCCCAUAUACUUAUGUGGAGAUGCAGUCUCUUCAGAUAGCUGCCUUCCUGUUUACAGUGUGCCAUGUGGUCAUUGUGGUCCAAGACUGGUUCACCGAUUUAAACCUCUACAGGUUUCUUCAGACAGCAGAGAUGCUUAAACCUUCCACUCCAUCUGCAAGCCAUGACAGCACAGGCUCUUCCGGCAAUGAUGACGGCGCAGAGUACUAUCCACAUAUAGUGUUCCUCCACAAUAAGAGCAGGCGGGAGGACUUUUGCCCAAGGAAUCUGAAGGACAUGCACAUGGUGGUGGACAAAUUAAUGGCCCACUCUCAUCUCAAAUACAAAGGUUCAUUGUCCAUGCUGGACUGCAAUGUCUUUCCCGGUCUGGGCCAGAACUAUCUGACGACAGAAGUCAACAUGUUCCUGCUUCCCAUGCAGGACAGUGAUGGCGAUGAUAAUCUCACUAAAGCAGGGUCCACCAUGACAUAUCCGCUCUUCUCUUUGCUCCCGGGGUACAAAGGACACCCUACCUUCUCUACUAUGGUGUCCAAGCUUCGCAGCCAAAUACUGGCCAUGCCCCGCUGUCAGCUGUCACACACCAUUCUUACGGAGAAGAAUUGGUUUCAUUAUGCGGCUCGAAUCUGGGAUGGCGUCAAAAAAUCCUCCGCUCUCUCCGAAUACAGCCGCCUGCUCUGCUAGCACUGUAGUCUUUCUGCUUUUCCAUCAGUGAAACAAAAAAAGGACUACUUCCAAAUGGGAAAUAUGGCUGUCAAAACCCAAGCAGAAGUGGCUGCCAGUGGUGAAAGACAAAGCCACCUUGUGCAGUUUGACCGGGAACGUGAAAAGUUGGGUGAUCCCUGGCGGCCGUCUUCCUAGUAAGAACAGUAAAGCUCUCAGGGGGCGCUGUCAUGCAUGUCAACGGUGGGAGAGAGAGAGAGAAGCAGUUGUGUGGACAUGUCUAAACAUGAUGGACUCAGGUUAGUAUUAGCCGGCCGUGUGACCGCGCUGGAGCUCUCUACGUUGGGUGCUUUUCUGUUAUCAAAAUAAAUAUUUCAAUAUAUGUACAAUUUUAAGUAUCAUUGUGAAAUUAAAGGAAACAUCAUGUCUGUUUAACAUUGUUCUAGUAGGUUUUACUAUUCUUUCCACCAUUUUUCUUUCUAUGGUACCCAGUACCAGCACCAGAUGCUAUGCAAAGGGACUGGAUAUUAUACACUGUAUUGCAUCAGGUCAGUGUUUCCCACAGGACUGCAAUCUAUCUGUGGCAUCUGCUGUGAGUGUGAUGUAAUAAUAUAAUCGCCUAAUUUGCAUAAUUAGCCAUGACUAAUUUGUAUGUGAUUGUAAUGAAUGCUGUUGGAGAGAGGAGUAACACUGUGGGAAACAAAAAGUACAACAUAUGUUC